AUGUCAUCCGAGUGAGUCAGAGUUUUAUUGCCUUACUCUUGUAGUCUAGCAAUCGACCAACUGAUGGAUGAUCUGGACGCCGACAAGUCUGGAAAAGUGAGCGCCCCAGAGCUUUUGGCAGCCCUCAAAGGUUCAGGACUUGACUUGGAUACAGUCAAGGAGUUUAUCGCUUCCAUUGACAAAGAUGGUGAUGGCCAACUUGACAGAAAUGAAUUGCGAGCCUUUUUCCGACAGCUUGGAUAUUAAAUGUAAAUAUGAAAGCCGAUAUGUUUAUAUUUUUUUAAAGUUUACUAACAAAGUAAUAAAGGCGUUCCCGCUGACACCUCUUCUGGAUUUGGAAUCGUUUAUCGCACAGUUUACAGAAGCACUUUGAAAUAUACGUGACAUGAAUUAAGCUCCACAUUUAGCAACUCCUUCGGGCAUAGCGAAUAUUUUACUGUCCAAUGCGCCGAGAGCGUUUUAAGAAAACACGUUUUAUGAGGCGUUAGUUAACUGCAGUAAGACAUUUCUGUCCCUUUUCAGGAGCAAUAAUAUUGGCCAAACGCCGUCUGUUGAAUACGCCCGUCGAUAAAGUGCUACUUUCUAGAUAAUUCAACUACCUGAUACCGUUUUUAAAUUUUGCGCUUAUUAGAAAGGACUUUUGGAACUACAAUGGGUGUGUUAACCCGUGGAAUGUUGGUCGAAAUUCUGAAAUACACUUUCGCUUUGAAAACAUUACUUAAUUAGGGCUAUAAAAUUAGUCAUCAUGCAGCAUAAUUCUAUAAUACCUUAGUUACCUCAGGGUGUCAGCUUUCGAACGAACGUCUUUCUGGUCGCGUGGGAAAGCCACAUUUUGUAAAAAGGGCCACUUAAUUGGCAUGAAUUUUUCUUAUUGAUUUGGUCGAAAAUUACGUCUUCUUCCAAUUUUAUACUCGAAGGAAGGGUACAAUCUGAUUUUCAAAACCUUUCUAAUACCCAAAAAGUCUUGAAUCCGACCUGCCGCUAUACGUACGUCCAGGGCUUACAAACUAAAAGCCGUAUAUUUUCCGGGUACGGGAAGCCGAACAUUUCUCUACGGUAUUAAGAGGAAAUUAUAUGGGGUUCAUAAAGUUUGGCAGUGGAUAUGUCAAAUUGUAAACUUUGCAAGCGACGUUAGAAAAUGCAGAGGACCGAUGUUUUAUGAACGGCCAUUGUACGGUAUUAAAACAUUUCAUAAUUAGAAACUUUUUCAAAACCGAAUUAUAUCUUCUAUUCGUGUAUAAAAUUGGGAAAAGACGUAAUGUUCGACCAGAUUUGUAGAAUAAUGAAUAUUGUGUAUGAAUGUUUUCCAUGAAAUAUAAUUCAGUUUUCAAUGGCUUCGAAAAUCAAUAAGAAAAAUUUAUGUUAAUUAAGCAACCUUUUUACAAAGUGGGGUUUUGCAUGCGGCGGGAAAGACGUUCGUUCGAAAGCCAGCAUCCCGAGGCAACAGAAGUUUUAUAGAAUUUUUUUCCUGAAGAUUAAUUUUGUAAGCCUACAUAAGUAGUCUUUUCGAAACGAAGAUUCAGUUCAUAAUUUCGAUCAACAUUUCACAAGUUAACACACCUACUGCAUUUGUAGCGUGUGAUGUACAUUCCACCAUAAGAGAAAAUUCCAGACAGUCUGGCCGAACGAAAUACAUGAUUUGCUGGGGAAAACAUAUUAUAAUAUAAAAUUAACGUUGGUGAAUGUGCUGCUGUUAAAAUUAAAAACAGGUUAGAAUUCGCGGAACGGGAGUACAUCAGAGAUGCCCGAUCAAAGAUGACUCCGUAUGCACUAAAGAGUUUUGUAAACAUUCGAAUUUUACAUGCCUUUAAGUACUAGAACAGGCGACUGUGAUCUGUUUUCGGUCUCUCAGACGACAUACAGUAGGUGGGCCAAAUCAUGAAGUGUCAACCGAAAUUAAGAAAUGAGUCUCGUUUCUAAAAGAUUGAUCAAGUAGGAUUGUAAAACUAGUCAAUCUGCAGUAUAAUUUUAUAAUAUUUCAGUUACCUCAGGAUGCCGGCUAUCGAGUGAACUUCCUUCCGGCUGCAUGUAA